GUCGAUCUUCUCUUGAUUGAACUGGAAUCUAUUUAGUGCAUAUACUCAAGUUAAACCCUUUACUAUGUGCCAUGCCUCCAUCCAAACCCCCAGACACCACCCCCUCCUGCUUCACCGACACCCCAUGACGUUGUCACCACAGCAACCGACGACCUCCCCGGCUUUGGGCACUGAUCUCGGCGCGGCCGUGCGCUCGUCUGUGGGCGGAGAACUCCGCCCAUUUACCAAUCUGAUGUAUACGUCGCGGAAUGAAGCUGUCGAGCGACUGGUCGGAGAGUGUAUGGGGGCGCAGCGGGAAUGCAAUCGUGGCGAUGAGGUUCGAUGUCUCGGGUAUUGAGGCUUGUUCGCAGCAGUGUUACAGAGUUUGACUCGAUACUGAAGAGCCUACUGGUCAGAACUUUCUUGCGGGCCUCUUCAUCAAAAGGUUCUGUAUAGGUAUAUACGAUUAAUGGGGUUCUUCAUCUAGUUCUGGCGUACUCGCAGAUCGAACUAUGAGACUGCGUGAGAGAAGAAUACGACACAGGAUUGAACAGUGGUUCACCCGGAGACUGUCAGCUUGGAGACUUCAUUGAAGGGAACGAGCGAUCUGAGUUUAUUAUCAGUGACGAUACAGGUCUUAGAUCCAGUCUUGCACUUCCCACAAUAAUCACAUCCAAAACCUCUGAGCCAGCGCACCGAAUUUUUCAUCAUCCUCUGGGCUCCAUUUCAAAUCCUGAAAGUCC